AUGGCGGCUGUGGAGGGUCCGAGAAGCGCGACUUCGCUUCCAACUUUGAAGAAUUUGACUUCCACAGGCUAUGGAAAGUUAUCUCAACAUCAGAAAAAGGUCAUGCAGGACUUGGUUCGUCCGCAUAUCGAAUCGUUUAAUUUCAUGCUCGAGGAUGGACUGUCACUUGCCAUACAGGGGAUAACACCUAUUGAAUUCAUGACAGCCGCUGGGCAGAAAGUCACUCUAUAUUUUACAGAUGCAAUGAUAGGCUCACCUACCAUUUCAGAAACCAAUUUACAUUCAUCCCAAAUGAAAGUCUUCCCCACUGAGUGUCGUGAAGGUGGCUUAACCUACAAAGGAAAGCUGCAUGUUACAGUACAAUGGAAGAUAGACAAUGAAGUUCAAGGCAGUUGUUCAAAAGUAAUUGCUUUGGUGCCUAUGAUGGUGAAGUGUAACAAUUGCUCUUUAUCUAAACUUUCUCCAAAAGAAUUGGUUCGACACAAUGAAGAAGCUGAGGAAGCUGGUGGAUACUUCAUAAUCAAUGGAAUAGAAAAAAUUAUAAGAAUGCUAAUAUUACCAAGAAGAAAUUAUCCCAUGGCUAUUGUACGACCUACUUGGAAAAACAGAGGACCACUUUAUACAGAAUAUGGUAUUCAAAUGAGAUCMGUUAGAAAGGAUCAAACUGCUGUUAAUAUGAUCCUACAUUAUCUCUCUGAUGGAAGUGUCAAUAUGUGUUUUGGAUUCAAUAAAGAGCUGUUUUAUAUUCCUAUAGUUUUCAUCUUAAAGGCUCUUCUAAGUACAACAGACCAACAUAUUUAUCAAGAACUCAUAAAAGGAGAGGAAGAGAAUACAUUUUUGAAAGAUUGUGUUGCAACUAUGUUACGGACAGCUCAAGAGGAGGGWGCCACCAACCAAAAAACUGUACUAAAAUAYAUAGGUGAGAGAUUUAGAGUAAAAAUAAGACUCCCCGAAUGGUAUUCUGAUGAAGCCAUUGCACAGUUUUUAUUGAAGCAGUGUGUUUGUAUUCAUUUGGAAACUUUAUUAGACAAGUUCAACAUGUUAACUUUUAUGACACGUAAACUGUAUUCAUUAGCCUUGGGCAAGUGYGCAGCAGAGUCAGCUGAUAGCCCAAUGAUGCAGGAGGUCCUGCUUGGUGGCCACUUGUAUCUAAUGGUGCUAAAGGUUUAUAUGGAUAUAGCGAUUGUAAAAGAGGAAAUUCAUGAAGGGGUGACAACACAUAUCGAGAACAAGCAGACAGCCAUGUUGAGUUCUAUUGCAAGUAUGACACCUUUCUCUGAUUUUAACCAAAGUCCAAGGAAUAUGUACCAGUGUCAGAUGGGCAAGCAAACAAUGGGGACACCAGUACAAGCACUGAAACACAGAACUGACAACAAACUGUAUAGAAUUCAGACUCCUCAAAGUCCACUAGUACGACCAGCAUCACAUGACCUCUACAAUAUGGAUGACUACCCUCUAGGGACCAAUGCUAUUGUGGCUGUAAUAUCUUACACAGGCUACGAUAUGGAGGACGCUAUGGUCUUAAACAAGUCAUCUUAUGAGAGAGGUUUUGCUCAUGGAUCGAUUUAUAAGGCACAGUUUCUUAACCUUGAACCCAAGUCUCGUGGGGSAGAGCAGUCUAGUCAGCAAUUUGGUUGUUUGCCAGAUGACAAACGUACAGAAGGUUGGCUUGAUUCUGAUGGGCUUCCACCGAUAGGGGCACACCUAGAGAAGGGUGAUCCCUUCUAUAGCUACAUUGACAGCAACACAGGACAGGCAACCGUUAAAAAGUACCAAAACAUGGAACCUUGUAUUGUGGAUGAUGUGAAAAUUAUUGGAAAUGAAGCUGGAACAAAACCAUUAACAAAAGCUUGUGUCAAGAUGAGGAUUCAGAGAAACCCUAUCAUUGGAGACAAGUUUUCAAGUAGACAUGGUCAGAAAGGAAUCUGUAGUCAAAAGUGGCCGACUGAAAACAUGCCCUUUUCAGAGUCUGGUAUGACUCCUGAUAUCAUUUUCAACCCUCAUGGCUUCCCUUCACGUAUGACAAUCGGAAUGAUGAUUGAAAGUAUGGCGGGAAAAUCRGCAAGUUUAAACGGCCACGUGUACGAUGCCACGCCCUUUGAAUUUUCAGAAGAUGAUUCGGCUAUUGACUAUUUUGGGAAGCUGUUAGUAAAAUCUGGUUACGAUUACUUCGGUACUGAGCGAUUAUAUAGUGGUAUCGAUGGUCGUGAAUUCGAGGCAGACAUCUUUAUGGGCGUGGUGUACUAUCAAAGACUUCGACACAUGGUUGCCGAUAAAUUCCAGGUACGCACAACUGGACCAAUAGAUGCUCUUACCCAUCAGCCUGUGCAGGGACGAAAAAGACAGGGAGGAAUUCGAUUUGGUGAGAUGGAAAGAGAUGCAUUGCUUGCCCAUGGCACAUCGUUUCUCCUCCAGGACCGACUUAUGAACUGCUCUGACAGAACGAUGGGUCACGUUUGUACGAAAUGUGGCAGCUUGUUGUCAACAAUGAACGAGAAACCAGCCAAUGCAGCGGCUGCAGCACAGGGUGACCGCAAGUGGUACUGCAAGUCAUGUGACUCRAGCGAUCACGUUGAACUAUUAGCGUUYCCGUACGUAUUUCGUUAUCUCGUGGCUGAAUUGGCUGCUAUGAAUAUCAAGACCUCACUAGACCUUGAAAGAAUUGGACAUAGUACAAGAUAGUACGAACUGAAUAAAUUAUCAAUCGCCCAAAAUUACUUCGUAGGUCAGUGGUCUAGACUGUAAAUUUUGGUUGAGUUUUUUACAGUCAGUUCUCGAAUACCAGAUAGCAUAAUAUAACACUGACAAUUUUGUAAUAUAUGUUAAUAAAAGAAUUGUAAAUAAAUCAUUUUUUCAAGUUCU